GCCUGAGCUGCAGGCGACGCGAGGCAGACGCGCCCUCCUUCCCGGAGCGCGGCGUCUGCUGCUCCUCCUCCGGCGAUCGCCUUCUCCUCCUCUGGCGAAGCGCGGUGCCUUCUCCUCCGGUGACGGCUCCGCAAAUCCGCCGCACCGCCGCAUUUCUCGGCUCGCGUGCCAGGUUGUUUCUGUACCCGCGGACGCAGGGGUGGUUCCUCCGCUGGGGGAGGGGUGGCCUUGGGUGCUGUCGGGGGUCGACUCUCACCCUAAGCUUUCUCCUUGUUGCCGUGGACUUUGCAUGUGCUGGUGGUGGCUACUGCUCUGGGCUAGAGGUGUUGCACCCUGAUACGAAUUCGGUUUGCCCGUUCAAGAAGUCACCCAGCUCCGUGUUGCCGUGGACUUCGGGUGUGCCGGUGGUGGCUACUGCCUUGGGCUUGAGGCUAGAUCGUUUCCGUCCCACACCGGUACACAGGGGUGGUUCCUCUGCUGGGGAGGGGUGGACGCGGCUGCUGCCGGGGGUCGAUUCUUACAUUCCUUGCUGCCGUGGAAUUCGGGUGUGCCAGUGGUGGCCACUGCCGUGGGCUAGAGGCUGUUUCCAUCCUGGAUCGGUACGCUGGGGUGGUUCCUCUGCUGGGGGAGGGGUGGCUGUGGCUGCUGCCGGGGGUCGAUUCUCACCCUAAGCUUUCGUCUUGUUGCCGUGGACUUUUGGUGUGCUGGUGGUGGCUACUGCUGUGAGCUAGAGGUGUUGCCCCCUGAGACAAAUUUGGUUUGCCCGUUUAAGAAGUUAUCAAGCAACUAAAGAUCAAAUAUGGCGUCAUGCCAAGGAAGACAGGGGGCUGAGAGAGUGGCCAGGAAGAAAGUUGCACGGGCUUUCAAAGAAGGAGCUAUCUGGAGGUUGAAGUUACGUGUUCUGGCUUGGUUAAUGUGGAUUUUGCUGUGCAUUGAGUGGACAUCAACAAACCGGGUACAUGAUGGUCUGCGCGUGGCAAUUCUAGCAGGCCCAUGGGCAAUUGGCAUUCUCUAUUGCUCUUCGGAUUGGGUCCGUGAUAUUUCCUGGGUUCUUAUGCUAUACAUUUGGCCUCAAUGGAUGAUGAAUUUUCUACCCGGUGAGAGAUCAGUGAGACAGUAUGUGAGCAAGUAUGGAGUUACUCAUACGCGCCCAAUGGAGGGUGGUGGUUCAGCUGUCAUCUGUACCAAGUAUGGUAGGAAUCUGUGGUCAGGGUUCAUCAAGGUUAUAACUGAUGCUCAUAACCGCCACCAAAGUUGGGGCGGGCAAUUCACUAUGGAGGAUCUAAGGAUGAGCGGACACCGCUGCCGCAUUAAGCGUGAACCCAUGUGCAUUGGAAGUUUUGCCAAUCUGCUAUUAGAUCUGUCCACAUUGGCUAGGCUACUACUGGUAGAUGAGUUCAAAGAUGCCAGCGGAUAUCCAAUUAGUUAUAUCCAGGAACUAUACAACUUGAUGAUCUCUCCUACAAUUGGUUCAUAUCCUUCAAAGACAAAGAAGGAAAGAUUCCUAAAAUUGCUGCACGGCCAUCCGGCUAUCAAGUCACCAAGAGCAGUCACGACCCUCAUAAGUGCAAUCUUCCAAGCCUAUAAAUCAAUGGGUCCAACAGAGAAAAAGAAAGUCGAUCAUAUUGUGAAAACGAUCAUACUUGCUAAAGAUUGGAGAGUAGAUGCUUUGAUAAACACAUUACUUUGCAAGGUGUUGUUAUUCAAGUACAACUACCCCGCGAACACUGUGACCAGUUAUGCUCGCUAUUCGCGUGACCUUUUUAGGUUCUUACGGAACUUCCAGCAGCACGGCGGGGAUGCAAAUCAGCAUGAUGGCGGACAAAACAUCACCAACCUUGAAGAACUGGAAUAUAUUGCUUCAUACAAUUUUUCAACUUUCAUAUCUAUGCUUAUUGAAGAACUUGUUAUGGAGUUAGAUAUGCAGGGAAUGUUACAAUACGCUUGGGAGAACUACAUGUCCUUAGCUUAGAGACUUGCGGUAAUGAAAGAGAGAACACCAAGUGAGAAGCGAUUGUCAAGGACAUGUGGUUGAAAUUGCAGAGAGAACACCAAGUGAGAAGCGCUUGUCGAGGACUUGUGGUUGAAAUUGCAGAGAGAACACCAAGUGAGAAGCGAUUGACAUGCAUGGACAUGUUCUGAGGGUGUUGACCAGGAAUUAGUUGUUAGCACUCAAUUGCAGAGUGAUCAGAUUAGCUCUUCUUGCCCUGAUGCAGGGGAUGUAGUUUUUUUUGGAUGUAGGCUUGUUUUUGGUCACUGCCCAUUGCUUCUGUUAGCACUUAAUCUGUUUCAGACUUCUAGAAUUAGUUGUUAGCACGCUGUAUGACUACGCUCUGUCUUGAAUGAGGACAUUGUCCCUCUUUUAGCACUAUGUUGCUUUGUUACUUGUCAAUGGACAUACUUGUUUCCGGUCA